AUGGGUGGCACUUUUUGCCGCCGGUAUGUGGGCAAUUUCAUCAGUCGUGUAUUGCUUUUGGAGUGGCCUUUUGACGGGCAAGCUCUUGACGGACUCUUGCGUCAAGCGGGUGUUCCGGUGUUCUUGUUCCCCUUCAAGCCGGUGAUCUUUGUGGUAAAGGGUGUUCUCAAGGGUGCAGCUCGCCUCGGCAAGGGCAUCUACAAGCACAUCAAAGGCAACCCCAGUAGCACCAGCGUCCAUCAGACUGAAGCUUUUCUGGAUGAUCCACUUGAGCUGCAGAAGGUGCUUGACGAGGCCUCCGUCUCAUAA